AUGGUGGACAUGAAAGAAAUGGAAGAAGAAGAAUCAGAAAUUACGGAGUACGAAAGACUGCUCAGACGUGCAAAAACGGAAGAUUUGUCUGAAGUCUCGGGAAUCGGUUGUUUGUAUCAAUGCGGAGUCGAUAUUUACGGAAGGCCCGUCAUUAUAUUCGUAGGAAAAUGGUUUAAGUUUAAGGAAAUUAAUUUAGACAAGGUGAUGUACAACAUAUUGCCGUACAAGUACAAAAAAAAUUUGAAAGCUUUCUACAUAGUUCAUCCAACGUUUUGGACAAAGAUGGUGAGUUGGUGGUUCACCACUUUCAUGGCUCCCGCGAUCAAAGAAAAAGUUUUCAACAUUGACGGAAUCGAAUAUCUCUACAGCAUAAUAAUACCGAAUCAAUUGGAAAUUCCAGCGUACAUAACGGAAUACGACAUGUCCGUAAGUUAUCCAUAUUCAAAAACUAAUCAAUCGAUAUAUAUGUAUCGAUUAGUAUUUCGUCACUCGUCGAUCGACGAUGAUUGA